AUGAAGAGACAAAUAGGCAGUGUCAACACUCUGCACCAUCAGAGUGCAUCAACGCAUAUAAGGUUUGACAAGACAGACCUACUGCGAGUUCAAAUUCUUCAUGAGGACCCUUUGGUUGUUAGUUUGACAGUGGCGGAAUGCUUAGUACAAAGGGUGCUAAUUGACCCAAGGAGCAAUGCGAAUGUCAUGCCAAGGAUCACCUUCAAUCGGCUAGAAAUCAAGCCAGAGGCGCUUAAAUUUACUGGGAAUCCAUUGUUGGGAUUCGAUAGAAAGCGAGUCGAACCAAUCGGCACAGUAGAAUUACUCGUUCAAGUUGCUGAGAGGGAACUUGUCGAAAGCUUUGUGGUGGUGGAGAUCCAUCCAUCCUAUAAUCUGCUGAUAGGGAGAGGAUGGAUUCAUAGAGUUCAGGGAGUCCCAUCGACCCUGCACCAAGUGAUGAGAUGUCUGAGUCCGGAUGGAAAUAAGGUGAUUGAUAUCUAUGUAUACCAGGUUGCAGCAAAGGAAUGUUACUCGGUGACUCUGAAGGUCGCAGGGAAGGGAAAAGCUCCCAUCCAAUCUGAUAGCCCACAAUAG